AUGGUGGAGAAGGAACGCGAAAUAACGUUUAAGUCAUACUGUAAUGAAAACUGUAACGUGGGAGUAAGCAAUAUUUAUGAUGAUUCUGUCGAUGAUAUACUAUGUGAUUGCAAUAUUAUCACUGAUGAUAAUGAUCGAUAUCGAUUAAAUAGUCGAUUUAUUGAACAUCGUUGUCCUUAUCUGAUUCCAUUCAUGCAUUUUGAUGAAAUAACCCAACGAUACACCAUACAUACAUCAGUUUCAAUUGAUAUUAUAAAGGAAAUAUUUUAUGCUUUGAAAUAUGAAAAAACAAAUAUCAAAGAUUGGCUUCAGUUAGAGCGAAUUCUUAGAGUGGCAAAUGACUGGAAAUUAGAAAGCGUAAAGCGAUGUAUCGUGCAAAAAUUUAUUGAUGGUAUCAAUGAGGAAAAUUGUAUUGCUGUCUGGCGAAUGUGUACCAAAUAUUUGCCUGAUCAAAUAAAAAAAGCUUUCGAAUAUGUAUUGUAUACAGUGAACACAUCUGUAAAUAAUGGUUAUAAUCUUGACUAUUUCCGCCUCGAUAGUGAUAAUUUAUUCGAAAUUUUGAACGCAGAUUUAUUAAAAGUAAAUAAUGAGAUGGAAGUUUGGAUUCUUCUCAAACGAUGGAUUUUGGUGGAUCGUAAAAGGCGCAUACCAUACUAUCAUGAAUUAUUGAAAUCUAUUCGCCAUAAUUUACUCAAUGAUCAGCAGGUUUAG